UUUAAGUUACUUUAUUUUGUUUUUUUUGGUCCCAUGCUCCAAAGUCAUCAGCGCGUGCCCGGUGCCGACCAUACGAUAUCUUGUGCUGCACCUCUCUUUUCUUGCAUUUUACCUGGUGUGCUAAUCUGACAACUCAAAAGUCUCCUAUAUAAACAGCUCUCAAUCUGCCACCGUUCGAACCUUAUUCUGUCAUACUUCAAACUCGAAUUCAGGUAUUCAUCGACUGCCCAAAACCACCAGGGUCGCCACUUCUUCUUUUCCUACAAAACCAAACUCAGAAACCUGAAAAAUAAAAACAGAACAAGGAACAGAGGCAUUGCUUUGACCCUUGUCUGAAAACAGACAUCCUUGGCCAGUCUAGUGAAAACCCAUUUCCCAAAAUCAGAUUUUGACACUGCCCCUUUGAUUAUAUUUCAUUUUUUUUCUUGACAAAAAUAUUAUGAAGAAGAUUAGAGGGUUCAAGCUUGGACGCAAGCUAGUGAAGGUUUUCAAGUGGUUAAUCCGACCCAGAAGAAGAAUCUACAGGAACAGUUUCUUGAGUCCCCCAACCCGAAGGUACAAUCCGUUAUCCAGAAUCUGCUCCUUUGCGAGGUUUCUUCGACGUGGAACCAAGGGGCUGUGCAAUUCGAAUGCGGAUCCGGGUUUCAUCCAAUUGGGUGAGGAUAGAGUGAAGCGGGUUGGAGUACCGAAGGGGCAUCUGGCCGUGUACGUUGGCGAUUCAGAAGGUGACACGAGGAGGGUGGUAGUGCCCGUAAUUUAUUUUAAUCACCCUCUAUUUGGGGAGCUGUUGAAGGAAGCCGAGCGGGUUUAUGGGUACAAUCAUUCCGGUGGGAUCACGUUGCCCUGCGGGAUAUCGGAGUUUGAGAAGGUGAAGAUGAGAAUUGCCGAUUGGGAACAUUGCCGACAGAAACCACAUGGUCGUUAUUUGUAAUGAUAUUUUUUCCCCUUAUAUUAUUGUGGAUAAAAAUUUGAUUCAGCUAAUUUUUGUGAAUAUAGGAUGUCUAUGAUUAUUUCUUUUGGA